AUGCUGAAGGAAAUGGAAAAGGCAGGCAUGCAAGCGGCCCACAAGGUCAUCAUGGGCCACAGCCUGGGCGGGGUCGGCUGCCAGUUCUACGUCGCCGGGUCUGGGCAAGGCAAGAUGGAUGCCAUGGUGCUGACGGGAGGCACGGUGUUGCGCAGGUACCGGCAGUCUGCGAAGCUGCCGCCAACGCUGACACUGGAUGGCGACCUUGAUGGCCUACUGCGCAUUACGCGCCAGGCGGAAGCCUACUUCCACCAGGUUGCCAAAGUCGGAGGAGCCGACGCAGGAGUGGAUCGCCCAGUGAUCUUGCUCGAAGGCUUGAGCCACUGGAGCUUCAGCUCGGGCGCUCUCCCAUCCAAUGUCAAGAAGUACGACCUCAGGGCCGAGGUCGGUGUCGACGCCGGACACGCGAUGAUUGGCCAAGUGGUUUCUGACUAUCUGAGUUCCUUGUUCGGCUCUGAUUCGGAAAGACCGGCGGCGCAGCAGAAGAUCGCCGAGGCGGUGAAGAAGACGGGGGAGCUCUUGGACCCUGUCUUGGCGGCCCUUCACCUCGAGGGCUACCACUACCUGAACCCUCCGUGCAACAGCGACUACCCGACCAACCCGACCUGCCAAUACCCCAAGUAUCCCGACAAGUCGCUGCUUCCCCCGGCCGGGCCACCGAAGCCGCUGCCGCCAGCAGAUUGCACUUGUGGCAGUGAUUGGGUGGCCAACAGCGCUGCCAGCAUCAUGGCGGGUUUUGCCCAGACCCUCGCUGUCCAGUCGAAGCUCGUCACCAAGGAUGCAUUCCACGACGUGUCCGACGUGAGGCCUUUCCAUCUGCCCCACAUCUUCGAGCCCCAGCCCGGCACUGCGUGCUCGGACCCCGCGAAGUGCUUCAUCAAUGCCACCACCGUGACGAUGCCAAUCUACGACUUCAAGGAUGACUUCGACACGGGACUCUGGCCAGUCACUGCCAGUGAGUUCCGUACCAAGUUCAAGUCCCGCGAGGCUUUGCAACAGGCCGCUGGGCUUGCGGACGUCAACUACACAGCCACAGACGAGCUGAACACCAAGAUUUGCCAGACCAUCAACCAGGCUGCCUACGACUGGGCCCUGAAAACUGCCUCCAGCAAGGCACGCGACCGUUUUCUGAAGCACGGCCAGCCAUACGUCUUCGUCGAGGACAAGAAGUCAGGCUUCGGCAUUACCGGCCCGACGUGGAUCCAUGACGCAUUGUCCUUUACUCCCAGCAAGGACAAGAAGACCGUGGCUGUGCAGUCCCACUACUUUCCACUGAAGAACAAGAAUCUGGGAGAUGUGUCGUUCAUCGAAACAGUCGGCUAUCACUACUGCAAGCUCUUGUCACCAGCUCGGGCUAUGGAGUGGAUUUACGUGGAUGGCUUGAAGGGCCUCAGCACCGAGUCAUUUGCAGAGGAGUUCUACGGCACUAAGAACGAUGGGAUGGAGAUGGGUGCACGUACAGAGACAAAGUCCGGGGCCUUCUCCAAUUUUCCCAGCCCUUUGCGGAAACUCCGUCGCUGCCUGCUGCAGAUUCCGCGAAGCCAGGACCGCGGCUGCCUUUGCCUAGAAGUCUGCUGCUGCCCUGGGCUGGCUCUUAGUGCGAACCGGUUUAUGGUGCAGACACGCUUCGACAAAGAGAACACGCCUUGUGAUGACUGCAUCAUCACGGGUACGUGCCUUUUCGUGUACAUCUUGGACAUUGCGCGGUGUUUCGUGGAUGUGCCUCAAGAGCUUGACUUCAUUGCGGACUGUCUGGUCCUCACCGUCUCAGGAUGCAUGCAUGCCCAACAGCAGAUAGAGAUCAAUGAGAUCAAGAAGAACGGGUAUCAAGGCAUGCCGAUGCUGAUCAUGAAUGCGAUGCCGCCUUCACAGCAGCUGAUGUUCCAGAAGGUGGACAUGCAUGGCGGAGGGGGUGGCAUGCCUCCAUCCAUGGUUGGGGCGCCCCAGCCACAGUACAUGCAGCAGUAUCAGCCAGGGAUGCCACCCGGCGGAGCACCGCCCGUGCAGAUCAGCUGCGGAGCAUGCCGGCAGGUAUUCGGCGCACCUGGACGCGGGAUGGUGGUUGCGUGCCCCUUUUGUCAGACACAAAACCAGACCUGA